GUAAUCGAUAGCUGUGAUUAAAUUAUAAUCAGUUGAAUCACUCGAUGGAAUACCAUUUCGUUUAUAUAUGUAUAUUAUCAAUAAAUUGCUAUGUUUAGAGGCAAAACACUCUGCCAAUCCUGGAUAAGAAGCGCUUUGGCAUUAACAACGCCACAAAUACAAACGCCGCGGGUCUGGCAACUUGACGAUAGAACAACAACUGUAGUAACAGCAGCACAACAAAAGAAGCAGCAGCACCUGUUUCGUGGCAUGGCGACGGGCAGUGAAACAAAGGCGCAGCCGCCGAAACAUAAUAACAGAUUAGCAUCUUCCAAGUCGCCAUAUUUACUGCAACAUGCGCACAAUCCUGUCGAUUGGUAUCCAUGGUGUGAGGAGGCCUUCGAGCGUGCGCGCAAGGAACAGAAGUUAAUUUUCUUGUCGGUUGGCUACUCCACCUGCCACUGGUGUCAUGUUAUGGAGCACGAGUCUUUCGAGGAUGCGGAGACAGCGGCAGUCAUGAACAAACAUUUUAUCAACAUCAAAGUGGACCGAGAGGAAAGACCCGACAUUGACAAGGUCUACAUGCAGUUCCUGUUGAUGUCCAAGGGCAGCGGUGGGUGGCCCAUGAGCGUCUGGCUUACGCCAGAUUUGGCACCACUCGCAGCUGGAACUUACUUUCCCCCCAAGGCGCGUUACGGCAUGCCUUCCUUCACUAAUGUGCUGGAAUCUAUAGCCAAGAAGUGGAACACGGACCGGGACUCGCUAUUGAAAGCUGGGUCUACUUUGCUGCAGGCCUUGGUCACCAAUCAGAAUGCAGCAGCGGAUGGCGAAGCUGCUUUCGAGCCGGGCAGUGCUGAUGCGAAGCUUGCUGAAGCGCUGGGCGUGCACCAGCAACGCUUCGAUCAGCAGCACGCUGGCUUUGGACGAGAGCCCAAGUUCCCAGAGGUGCCACGUCUCAAUUUCCUAUUCCAUGCCUAUUUGGUUAGCAAGGAUGUUGAUGUGCUGGAUAUGGUGUUAAAAACAUUGGAUCACAUUGGACGUGGUGGCAUCAAUGAUCACAUCUUUGGCGGCUUCGCACGCUAUGCAACCACACGGGAUUGGCACAAUGUACACUUCGAGAAGAUGCUGUACGAUCAGGGACAACUGAUGGCAGCGUAUGCCAAUGGCUAUAAGCUUACACGAAGUGAUUUAUUUCUUGGCUAUGCAGAUAGAAUCUAUGAGUAUUUGAUCAAGGACUUGCGUCAUCCAGCUGGAGGCUUCUACGCUGGUGAAGAUGCCGAUUCUUUGCCCACACACGCAGAUACCGUGAAGGUGGAGGGGGCCUUUUAUGCCUGGACCUGGCAGGAGAUACAGGAAGCCUUCCAAGCGCAAAAAACGCGGUUCAAAGAUGUCAGCCCGGAGCGUGCCUUUGAGAUUUACACGUUCCACUAUGAUCUGAAGCCCAAGGGUAAUAUACCGCCUUCCAGUGAUCCACAUGGCCAUCUCACUGGCAAGAAUAUACUCAUUGUGCGAGGCUCCGAGGAGGACACGUGUGCUAACUUCAAUUUAGAGCCGGAGGUGUUGAAGCAACUGCUGCAGACUGCAAAUGACCUAUUGCACAAGGUGCGAGAUCAGCGACCACGUCCGCAUCUGGACACGAAGAUCAUCUGUGCCUGGAAUGGUUUGGUGUUGUCAGGUCUUUCCAAGCUGGCCAACUGCGGCACAGCCAAGCGUGAUGCCUAUUUGCAGACAGCCAAGGAGCUGCUGCAAUUUCUACGCACACAUCUCUAUGAUGCGGAGAAGCAACUCUUGCUGCGCUCAUGCUAUGGUGCCGGCGGCGAGGAUGCCACGUUGGAGCAGAAUGCUGUUCGUAUCGAGGGCUUUUUAGAUGAUUAUGCCUUUCUCAUUAAGGGAUUGCUGGACUACUAUAAGGCAUCCUUGGACAUGAGUGCUCUUCGCUGGGCCAAGGAGCUGCAGGAGACGCAAGACAAACUCUUUUGGGAUGACAAAAACGGUGCCUAUUUCUUCUCGCAGCAGAAUGCCCCCAAUGUCAUUGUGCGGCUCAAGGAAGAUCAUGAUGGUGCUGAGCCCUGCGGCAACAGCGUUGCUGCCCGCAACCUUACUAUACUAUCGCACUAUUACGAUGAGGACGCAUACUUGCAACGUGCCGCCAAGCUGCUGAAUUAUUUUGCCGACGUCUCGCCUUUUGGUCAUGCCCUGCCCGAGAUGCUCUCGGCCCUGCUGCUGCAUGAGCACGGCCUGGAUCUGGUGGCAGUAGUGGGACCCGAUUCCCCAGACACCACACGCUUUGUAGAGAUUUGUCGCAAAUUCUAUAUACCCGGCAUGAUUAUAGUGCACUGCGAUCCCCAGCAUCCGGAUGAGGCAUGCAAUCAACGAGUGCAACGCAAAUUUAAAAUGGUUAAUGGCAAGACAACUGUUUAUAUUUGCCACGAUCGUGUCUGCCGUAUGCCGGUUACAGAUCCAGCGCAACUCGAGGAGAAUCUGAUGGACAACUUCUUCAAGGAGCGCAUCUAAUUAGCAUAGUGAACCAAUUGACAUUAAUCGAAUCAGUAAUUCGAAUUAUUAACUAUUAAUAAUAAUGUUAUCGUUUAUUUUGUUGGCUUUUAAAGCUUAAAAAGGUUCUCGGAACUAGAUAUAGUUAUACUAUUAUAGAAUUUAGCACUUCCAAUUGUAUUAUGCAUAUUUGUGUAUUGGCAUCGCCUGAAUAAACAGACUUUACACAAGACUAAGAAUUUU